AUGUCGAGCUUCUUCCGCCGAUCAAAUUCCCACGUUAAGAACGAUUAUAUACCUGCGGAAUCUGCAACACCCUCCGUUGUGUCCGCACCAACGGAACCUCAAACAAAUGGCCAACCACGUGCUGCAGCUCGCCGUCGUUUCUCCAUGAACCGCUCGUCUGCGACUACUCGUUCCAACUCACCCCCUUCGCCUAGCGACAAUGGAUUAGAAAUGGCUCCCCCACACCGUGAACGUGCCUCUGACAAGUCUCUUCCCAGUCAAGGAGACUUCAAGAAGAACCGCGCAUCGACUGGUCUGACUCUACGUGGCCGAGCUAUUAACUUCGUUGGCGCUCAUAACUCCAGCCGAGGGACCGGACACAAGCGCCCUGAGUACAAACGCAGAGCUAGCAGCUAUGACGGUAGCCGACCCAGCACCCCUCUUCCACCUCCUGCGGAAGGCGACGAGACUAUGUAUCCACCCGAACGAAGUGUCUGGCCUCUUCCUCCUGACUCCGGCACUGGUGCCAAGGCUCGACGCAUGAGUUUGAGCCUUCCUGAUGACUUCGCCGUGGACGUAGCUGAGCUACAGAACGAAUUCGAAUACCAGCGCAAAUUCCUCGGCCGUCAUGGCAAGCAUCUUGGCAAGGGAGCGGCUUCUAAGGUUACCCUCAUGAUGCGAAAAGGUUACACAGAAGAGCUUUAUGCCGUCAAGGAGUUCCGUGGCAAAUCGCACCGGGAAAGCCAGCAGGACUACGAGAACAAGAUCAAGUCAGAGUUCAGCAUUGCGAAGAGCUUACAUCAUCCCAAUAUUGUCGAGACUUUCCGCCUAUGUACCGAUCACGGGCGAUGGAACCAUGUCAUGGAAUAUUGCUCGGAAGGUGAUCUUUUCAGCUUAGUCUCCAAGGGUCAUCUCAAGGGUGAUGACCGGAAGAAGGACCGCAUGUGUCUCUUCAAGCAGCUUAUUCAAGGUGUUCAUUACUUGCAUGCCAAUGGCAUUGCCCAUCGUGAUAUCAAGCUUGAGAACCUUCUGAUCACCAAGGACAGUAAGCUCAAGAUUACCGAUUUUGGUGUAUCGGAAGUUUUUUGUGGUACUCACCCGGGUCUUCGUGAAGCUGGUGGACAAUGCGGCCGUAAUAUGAGCGGCGAGAUCCGCCUUUGCUCACCUGGCAUCUGUGGAAGUGAGCCCUACAUCGCUCCUGAGGUCCUUGCCAAGAAGGAAAACUACGACCCCCGAUCACUCGAUGUGUGGAGUUCUGCGAUCGUCAUGAUUUAUCUCACCUUUGGCGGCGCCAUCUGGUCCCGCGCUGUCCCAGGAGAGCUCCAUUAUGAUAAGCUCGUCAAGGGCUGGGAAACAUGGUACGGAAAGCACCCAGAGGCCGACGCCACUAUCUCUGAUACGGAUUACCCCAAAUGCUACGCCCUCGACGUGGGCAUGUCCCCACCUGCUCUCCGCCGUCUUGUGCUACAGAUGUUGAACCCUGAUCCGCAAAAGCGUAUCAGCAUUGAGGACGUCAUCCACAACCGCUGGCUGAAGAAUGUCGAGUGCUGCCAGCUGGAAUCCUACGAUGACCCCGCUCUUCUCAUUGAUGCGACCAAGAAGGACAACACAGCCAACGGCAACAAAAAGAUCUUUUGCCACAACCAUCUACCCCCGAAGGGCACUGGCUCCCACUCGCUGGGCAAGAUGCCAGGCCAGCCGGGCUACUAG